AUGGUUCUGUGGCCCUGCGACGAGCACAUGGCGGGAUGGUGGCGGUGGCGGAAGACAGUUCUCGAGGGUGCUGAGCGGAAGCAGAGCGCCCGGAAGAGGAAGCAGGGGACGGGCGCCGACGAUUCGAAGACCGAGACUGGCACAUCCGAGCCGAAAGCUUGCACGUGCGGUCCGGAUGCUGCCCGUGAGCUGUGUCGCGCCUUCUUCGAGGCCACACGCAAUUUCUGGCCGAUGCUCUGGAAGGACGACCGCCUGCGCGCGACCGUGGCCGCCUGCGAAGAGGCUGGAGGGAUGCGGCCCAUCGAGUUGGACCGGAUGCCGGGCACGAGCGCGUACCGAUGCUUCUUCCAGCUUGCAUGCGGCUCGGCGUGGACAGGCGUGCCGCGAGGGGUGGACGAGUAUUAUCGAUACGUGAGGAUGAGGGCCUUGUACGCGGAUAGAAAGCGCACGCUGACGAACAUUGCUGGCUGGCACAGCUUGGCAUCUGUCCCUGCGGGCGCCCUCGCCGUCCUCCUCAACGACGUUGCUUGCGAUCGUGACGACGCUGUAUUCUACAUGUGGGUGCCGGUCGUGUGGGUAAACGUACCUGGCUCCUUAGGCUGGAAGUGCCACUACGGUACGCUGCUCAUGGUGCAUCGGGCCUGGACCUCGCAAGCAGCGACCCGCAAAACGUGGCGCGGCAGGAGCUUCCAAGCCCGGUACGAGUGGUGUCGCGCUUCCAACCAGAUCGUCGACGACCAGGCCGGAGUCUUGCGGUUGCCCCUACUGCGAUUCGAGGACCGCAAGCAACUUGGGUGGUUCACGCAAGGGAACAGGAGCCCGGCAAACGGCAAAAUCAUGAGGAGCCCCGCCGUCAUGGCGUUGCGACCUCAGCCACCGUACCUGCUACAGGGGGCUGCAAGCCUUGGUAGCUCGCAAGCACCCGGAUUCGCGGGCACCCUGGGACGGCUGGAGAACCCGUCGGCGGUUGGCGAUUUCGAUGGGCUGCACGAAAAGUGCAUGCGCGAGUGGAUACCGCAUGCAAAGCCGUGGCACGGGGUGCUCGCCGGCCUCCUGAGCCCGCAUGCGGCAUCCACGGGCCAGGAGGGUGCGGAGGCAGGCGGUCUCGUCCCCUCCACCAGCACGAGUCCGACCAGCGAAGCGGCGGAGCCACCGCAGCGCCGACGGAAACGGUCCUCCGAGGAGGCUGCGGUAAGCCGUCCCGACGCUCGUCCGGUGCCUCCCCGCCAAAACGAGCUCGACCCGUCCGACCAGCCUCGUCUCUCGAUGGAACGCCCCUGGCCAGAGCAACGCCUAACGAAAGCGAGCAUGACGAAGAUCAAGGACUGGCUCAUCGACGUGAGGGGGUACGAACGCGAAGCGCGAAGGUGGAAGUGGGCUAGGGUUGAGAGAACUGCGCGGGAGGAGAACGACCGGAUCACCGCAGCCACCUCGCUGCAGGAGGAAAUGAGGUCCGCCUUGCGGCAGCACACCAGGACGGAACCCGCGGAGCGAGACGCGAGCUGGUAG